UGAAGUUUUCAGUGCUCAAAAUGGUAAUGACACAGCUUUUGAGGCGAUCCUCGAGCGCUCAGUUUUAUUCAUCCUUGAAAUUGAACGGAGGGUUGUACCAAAGUACGCGAUUAUCCAGCGGAAAGGUCCAAGGCAAUGUUGUUGGUAUCGAUCUGGGUACGACCAACUCGUGUGUUGCAGUCAUGGAAGGCAAACAGGCCAAAGUUCUGGAGAAUGCGGAGGGAAACAGAACUACUCCUUCAGUUGUUGCUUUCACAAAGAACGACGAAAGACUUGUAGGUAUUCCCGCUAAACGUCAAGCUGUUACAAAUCCAGAAAAUACCUUGUUUGCUACGAAAAGACUCAUCGGUCGUCGCUUUGACGACCCAGAGACUCAAAAAGACAUCAAAACGGUGCCAUUUAAAAUUGUGAAAGCAAAUAAUGGUGAUGCCUGGCUCGAAGCGCAUGGCAAGAAGUAUUCACCCAGUCAAAUUGGAGCAUACGUUUUAACUAAAAUGAAAGAGACUGCUGAAAGCUAUCUUGGAAGCAACGUGAAGAACGCAGUUGUUACGGUACCAGCCUAUUUCAAUGACUCCCAAAGACAGGCUACCAAAGAUGCUGGGCAGAUAGCUGGACUAGACGUGUUGCGGGUGAUUAAUGAACCAACAGCCGCUGCACUGGCUUAUGGGCUCGAGAAGACAAGCGAUAAAAUCAUUGCCGUGUUCGACUUGGGAGGAGGAACAUUUGACAUCUCAAUCCUCGAGAUUCAGAAGGGAGUGUUUGAGGUCAAAUCUACAAACGGGGACACCCACCUGGGAGGGGAGGACUUCGACAAUGCACUGUUGAACCAUUUGAUUGAUGCUUUCAAGAAGGAUCAAGGCAUCGAUCUGAAGAAAGACAAUAUGGCACUGCAGAGACUUCGUGAGGCGGCAGAAGCUGCUAAAGUGGAACUUUCAUCCUCAAUGCAGACUGAUAUCAACCUGCCCUACAUCACUAUGGACGCUUCUGGACCCAAACAUAUGAACAUGAAGUUGACCAGGUCACAGUUCGAGAGUAUAGUGGAGCCACUGAUCAAAAGGACCAUCGAACCUUGCAAGAAGGCCCUCAAGGACGCCGAUGUCACUAAAAGCGAGGUCGGGGAGGUCAUCCUGGUCGGAGGCAUGUCUCGAAUGCCAAAGGUGCAGUCGAUCGUGUCUGAGAUCUUCGGUCGCCAGCCGAGCAAGAGUGUGAAUCCAGAUGAAGCAGUGGCAGUGGGGGCUGCGAUCCAGGGCGGAGUGCUGGCGGGAGACGUGACUGAUGUGUUGCUCCUCGACGUCACUCCCCUCUCGUUGGGAAUCGAGACUCUGGGGGGAGUAUUCACCAGACUCAUCAACAGGAACACCACCAUCCCCACCAAGAAGUCUCAGGUGUUCUCCACUGCAGCCGACUUCCAGACAACAGUGGAGAUCAAAGUGUUCCAGGGGGAGCGUGAGAUGGCGGCCAGUAACCAGCUGCUGGGCCAGUUCCAGCUGGUCGGCAUCCCACCUCUCCCCAGGGGCCAGCCCCAGAUCGAAGUCACCUUUGACAUCGAUGCAAAUGGAAUUGUGCAUGUGCACGCUAAAGACAAGGGUACUGGCCGUGAGCAGCAGAUUGCAAUCCAGUCUUCGGGAGGUCUGAGCAAGGAUCAGAUUGAGGAGAUGGUGGCCAACGCAGAGGCCCAUGCAGAAGAAGACAAGAAGAGCAGAGAGAGGAUCGAAGAGGUCAAUCUCACAGAGUCCCAAGUACAUGACAUCGAGAGCAAAUUGGACGAAUUCAAAGACCAACUGGACGCUUCAGAACUGCAGAAGUUGAAGGACGAGAUUGAGGACGUGAAGAAGUUCAUGGCGAAUAAGGAGGAGGAGACUGCCGAGACCAUUCGGGAGAGGAGGAACACUCUGCAGCAGAACAGCAUGUCACUCUUCGAGAAGGCAUACAAAGCCAAGAUGGCCCAGAAUGAGUCAUCAGGGAGUUCCUCGUCCUCCACUUCUUCGGAUGAGUCAUCGAGUGAAACAAGUGACAGUGACGACUGUGAGAAGAAGUCUAACCAGUCCUAACCUAAUGCAUUUAGUGAUCUGACGUCUCACUUGACCUUGUUUCACAAUUCACACUUCCUCAAAACUACAGAAUGUUACUCUUCUAUUGCGAAGUUGUUUUUGUAAUCCCUACUUGUUAUGAGAUGGUUCUUUAACUGCUGCCUCCUUAUGCGUUUAACCGAGAAAGUAUUUUCCGGAGUUGUGUUCUAGAAUGACAUGUUUAUAAGUUAUUUGGAAAAAUGAGCGAACUAUGGAAUAAACAUGGUAUAAAAUGGUAUAUAUGAUUACUCGUAUCGAAGUUUCAAUUGAAUUGAAUGCUUAUAAGUUCU